CAUAGUCAGCUGAUGGCAAAAUGCAAUUACAUGUUUGCUGUGAUACACAAAAUUGAUUGUAUUUUGCCUGCGUAACCGUGAAAUUUCCCGAAAGUGAUCGGCUUACUAGUUACUCGUAUUUGAAUUUCUCAAAAGAGUUUAGAUAGACAUACAAGGACUUUUAUAUACAUACAGCUGGAGGGAUACUAGAAGAACAAGAUGCCUCUAAGCGCAGACAUAUCAACAGCGCUCCAUUUAUUGGAGCAUGUUCAAGAAAGAGUGGAAGACUGUGAUGAUCCUAAGCUACAAAUGCAUACAACUCAAGACAUAAAAUCAUUGAUAUCUCUUUUGGAAGAUCCAGUAUUUCGCAGUAUAGUAACAAUCCAAGACUCUCUUAUUGAAUUAAACAAUCAGUUGGGACAACAUCCAUCUAUUAUCCCUGGAGAUUUUGACAUUAACAUCAGUGGGCAAUUGGAACUUUCUGUUCCAAGUACACCGGUGCAACCACUUGGAUCAAAUGUGUACCAAGAUUUAUAUCAAGACAGCAGUGAACUGGAAGAUCAAAGAGUUCCUGUUGCACCAUUAGUGCAUAGCAGCAGCGAGGACACUAGUGCUCAGGUGACAAGUCCAAGUCUAGUUUCUGAAGUUAUGGGAAUGCCACCCAUUACAACAACAACAUAUGCUAAAGAAUUUAAGAAAGUUAUUGAAGCAGCAGCAAGAGGCCGGCAAAUAUUUACUGUGCAGCUGUACAAACCAGAGGGCACCAGUUUAGGAUUCAGUGUUGUUGGGCUACGUAGCAAGGAUAAAGGAGAACUUGGUAUAUUCCUGCAGGAGAUACAACCAAAUGGCAUAGCAGGGUGUGAUGGUCGAUUGGUAGAAGGAGAUCAGAUAUUGGCGAUAGAUGGACAGCCACUAGACUCGAACAUCUCUCAUGAGCAGGCAAUCUCGAUUCUUCAGAAGGCACGUGGUCUGGUUGAGUUGGUCGUAGCAAGAAGCGCCCAAGACGUUGGGAGCUCUUUGCCAACGGAUGAAUUAUCCGGAGCAUCGAGUUCGACAGCGGCCGCGGGAGCAGGUGUGUCCAUCAUCGGCGGCGUUGUCGGCGGGACAACGAACCAGGCGAGCUCCGACAAGGAUCAAUCGGUCUCAACCUCGUCCAUCGUUACACCAGCUGCCACCUCCAAGUCCAGUCAGCCAGCUAGCACAACCUCGGCAGCUACACCUACACCUACACCACCGACAUCGACCCCGGUACCUGGGGGCCUCGUUGUCGAAAGGAGCCCCUCCGCCGUCAGCGACGCCUCCAAGAGUGGCUCUGACAUGGUGCUGAACACGGAGUGGGCACAAGUUGAAGUAAUAAAUCUCAUCAACGAUGGCAGCGGUCUUGGAUUCGGAAUCGUUGGUGGACGAAGCACAGGUGUCGUCGUCAAAACGAUCCUUCCUGGGGGUGUCGCCGAUCGGGAUAAUCGGCUGCAGAGCGGGGACCAUAUAUUGCAAAUCGGAGAUGUCAAUCUGCGGGGAAUGGGAAGCGAACAGGUCGCGGCGGUUUUGCGACAAUCCGGCACACAUGUACGCCUUGUUGUCGCGCGACCUGUGGAGCCCACCUCGCCGGACUACCAGGCACUCGGCAGCCACGCUCCGAUCGUACCAACGAAGAUUCUGGGUGACCCCGAUGAGCUGGAUCGCCACUUGGUGCACAGCGUGCCGGAGACGUACAACAUGCGCCACGUCCAGGGUGAUGCCACCUACGACAACGGCUACAUGUACUCUCAGGAAUCCGACGUUGAAAUGCACGCAAGACCAGGUCUCAUCAUGGACGUAGUACGCAAUCCAAUGCCAAUUGGAGCGAUGCCAGUGAUACCGACGGUUCCGGUGCAGAUUCCGGAACUUCCGGUCCUCACCAUGGACACCAUCGACGUUAAUUCACUGCCAGAAAUGGAACGUUUCACCGUUGAGCUUAAAAAGGACAUUUACGGUCUUGGGAUCACUAUUGCUGGAUACGUAUGCGAGAAAGAGGAACUGUCUGGUAUUUUCGUGAAGAGCAUCAGCGAGGGUAGCGCGGCGGACUUGAGCAACAAGAUCCAAAUAAACGACAGGAUAGUCGAGGUGGAUGGCCAUUCAUUACAGGGUUACUCGAAUCACGAAGCUGUAGAGGUGUUAAGACGCACCGGGCAAACAGUAGUUUUAUGCCUGGAGAGAUAUCUACGUGGACCAAAAUACGAACAGCUUCAACAAGCAAUCGCGGCCAGUGAACUGAGACCACCUCAACCAAGUUCCCCCUCUAUUACGAGCCUACCAAGUUUCCCCAUUAGCGCUGAUGGAGAAACAACCACUGAAAUAGAACCGGAAGGAGAAUCGCAUACGACUGUGGACAGUGCGGUUUUGCAGGAAGGAGGCGAACGCGAAAGAGUCUCAGAGGAACUGGACGAUGCGGCCAACGUGGAAGCUUUAUUGAGCGACCCAUCUAGUGAGCUUACACCCCAAAUUCGAGCUGCUAUUAAGGCCAAAUGGCAGAAAAUCGUCGGUCCAGAUAUAGAGAUCGUGGUAGCACAGUUGAAAAAAUUCACAGAAGGUAGCGGUCUUGGAAUAAGUUUAGAAGGUACAGUCGACGUGGAGAACGGGCAGGAAGUGAGACCUCAUCAUUACAUAAGAUCGAUCCUUCCGGAAGGACCCGUGGGCCAGAAUGGAACACUACGUUCCGGGGACGAAUUGCUCGAGGUGAAUGGAUAUCGGUUGCUAGGCAUCAAUCAUAUGGAAGUAGUUAGCGUGCUCAAAGAAUUACCUAUUCAUGUUCGAAUGGUUUGUGGGAGGAACAUCGCCUCGCAGGAUCCUUUGUGCCCCAUCGACACUGCUCAACACCAGGCUGCAUUCCAAACUAGAAGCAUUCUUGGGGGAUCCCUGCAAAAUCUUUUACCAACGAUGGAUCGUUUGGUUAAAGCCAAAUCCGAUGGUUCCUUAGCAUCAACAACGACUACAGCCACGGUUACGGAUGCUAGUUUGAACAAGAUGAAAUCGCGUUCCUUGGAACCGUUGACCGGCCUCGCGAUGUGGAGUUCCGAACCACAGAUCAUUGAACUGGUAAAGGGAGAACGGGGCCUUGGGUUCUCGAUAUUGGAUUAUCAGGAUCCAAUGAACCCCAACGAAACUGUGAUAGUAAUAAGAUCGCUGGUGCCUGGAGGCGUGGCUCAGGUGGACGGGCAAUUAAUACCUGGCGAUCGGCUUCUGUUCGUGAACGACAUAGCCCUGGAGAAUGCGACGCUCGAUCAAGCGGUGCAAGCGUUGAAGGGUGCACCAAAGGGCACCGUUCGCAUCGGUGUGGCCAAGCCGUUGCCCAUCCCAGACAGUAUUGUCCAGAGGGUGCCACCGAUUUGUCCCGUAAGGCGCAGCAAAAGCUUCCCCAACGAAAGCGAAACUACCGAUCAUGCAGCCGAGCUCGAAGAUUUCCUCUCUUCAAGAUCAGGAGUAACAGAACUGUCGAUGGACAAACCGGAAAGCGAGGAAGAAGACGAGCAUUGGAAGGACGCAUCUCCGCAUACACCAACCUGCAGUCCGACCAAGCGUCCCCCAAAAUCACUUCACGGUCUGAAAUCAUCGAAAACCGUGGAAGUGGAGGUUCACGAGUUCCAGGCCACCACUCCUCUCCACGAAAAGGACGUGAUCAUACUGGAGAGUGGUGCCACGCCGCCAAGUCGGAAGUUGGCCAUGAAAUACAGUCAGGACGUGGCUCCGAAGGUGAAAUUAAAGGAAGAAACUGAAUCGUCAAAGGAAAAAGUGCCUGAAACAGUAACUCAAUUGCCCAAACCAACCGAUCAACGUUCUGUCGCUGAACGAAGAAGAAGUUUGAGACGCAUGGACUCCGAAGAUCGGAUGUCGACGUCCAGGGAGACCUUGAACAAGUCGGACCUGGCUGACAAAGGCGCGAGGAAGAAGAUCUUCAAGAAGAAAGACACGGAUCGCGAGAGGAGAUCUUUUAGAAGGAAGACCGAAGAAGCUGUCGAGUCGCCGGAUGGUAGAGCGGAACCAGAGGAUUCCAGGAAGAGGUGGGAGGUUGAAGAGGUCGUAACUAGAUCUAGGGAGGAGAGGAAGAGCCUCAGGGAGCAGGAGUGUAUCGACAGGGUGACGGAGUUCCUGACGAAGCACAGUGUCCUUUGCUAUUCCGAUUCAGCUCCAGGCACUGUGCCGGAAGUCACCCCACGCGAGACCCUACAACGUCCAUCCACUUUAAAAGAACCCGAAGAAACACCUAGUCAAGUGCAACCAUCGGAAGAAUUGUCCAAGAAACUGAGCGAAGAUGGAAUUCAGAGGUUAAAGACUCCUGACGAACCUGCGAAGACACCUUCCUCCAUCGAAUCUGAAAAACCUGUAGCUACUCCAACAAUUCCAAGUAGGACAGCUUUGGACAAACCUGUAGGUGGUACAGAGGACACAAAGACCUUGGUAACUAGUCCAGAGACAGAAACAGCACCGGUCAAACGAAAGAGUUCAAUGCGCAAGAAACCAGCCAUCUUCUCCAGGGAAUCUUCCAGGGAAUCUCUUUUGGACGACGCUAAAAAGGAGGUCAGAAUACAAGAAAACGUGGAGGAGAUCUUCUUUGAGGAUGUGAGCGAACAGGUGUCUGGGGUAUUGCCGGAAGUGCAGCUGGUGAAGGCGAGAAUCAUCACUGCGGAAGAAGCAGUGGCCAACAGAGUAGACGAGCCUCAGACUAGGAUCGAAAUCCACUCGCCACCGGAAGUGGCCACUGUUCCUGACUCUGUCAGAGUGAAAAGUGGCCGGGUACCUUCACCGGAAACUGUGAACAUGUCCCAUUUGCAGUUGGUCAGCCUGGCUAAGUCCACGUCCGAGAAUACCUUAGUGGAAACUGAUAAGAACGAAGACAACAAAGUGUCGGUGAGAAAUAUCAAGACUGAGAUCCUGCUGGAUUUGUCCAAAGUCACGGACGUUAACGACGAGACGGAGAACUCUGUUGAUGAAGAGAGGAAGGAGCGGAGGUUGAGCAGGACAGGAAGCGAGGGCUCUAAGAGGGCUGCACUGAGGGCACAGGCGAAGCCGAAGGAACGAGAUGGAUUUAAGAUCGGGAGUUUGGCUCAACCCGACGAACCGCAACUGACGAUCCUUUUGGAAAAUGCCGCCAUUCAGAGAAGGAAGAAACUGACGGAGGGAAGAGAGGACAGCGUGGCUGGAGAACAGCAAACUAAAAGGCCAGAGGAGGCUAGCCCGAGGCUAGCGGACCAGCAAGUCGAGCUUCCUUCGAAGGACCGGGAAGCUGAAGAUAAAGGAGAGGUAGGAGAUUAUGAGAGAAUCCCGUAUCAACAGAAGCAUCCUCCGGAGGAAUCUUCGUUCAAACCCGAAGAAGACAGGCUAAUCAGCAAGGAGCAUUCCCUCGAGUAUCAAAGUCAAACGCUAGAGAGUCAAUCGGAUCGUCUGUUGCACGGAGUGCAGCUCUCCAGUUCGGUGGAGGAGUUGCUCAGGACCGUACCGGACAGUUGGCCUGGUCAGUUGGAAAAAAGGCUCGAGGAAGCGGAGCGUAGCUUCAAGGAGACCCAGUAUUCGCCCAAGGAGAAGCUCGACGCCGAGACCCAGACCGAGCAAGAGACAAAAAGUACCCAGUGUAGCCCCGAACAGAGUAGGAUAAGUCCUUCGGAAGUAUCCAAGGACAGUCCACUGCACGUGGUCAGAGGAUACUACCAGAGCCCUAGAAGAGAGGUACAGACCCAGACCCAGGGCGAGAGUAAAAGCGUCCAGUGUUGCCUGGACGAGUUAGGCAGUCUUUCCAAGACCCCAGACCUCGACGACUCAUUCGACAGUCCGUCGAAAUCGGAGAAGGAGUCCAAGAGCAUCCAGUGCAUCCCUAAGGACUUUUCUAGCCCUGACAAAGACAGCGUCGAUCGAGAGAAAACUCUUCCAAGUCCGCGAAAAGAGGUCGAGGUACAGACCUACCAGGAGUCGAAAGCUAUCCAGUGCAGCGAUGACGAGCUUCUAGAAGCUGAUCAACUCGAAGACGACUACACUGCGCGGCCAGUGCUUCCGAGCCAGAAGGCCGAGAGUUCGGCCUCUUCGAGUUCUGGAUCACCCUGCAAGUUCUCGGCUGUGGUGUUUGUCGAGGAACGGCUCGAUAUGACGGUGACACAAAGGGAUCACGAGGGGAACGUUAGCUGGUCGAAACAUUGGGGUCCAGAGAGGCUGGUGGAGAUCUUCAGGGAGCCGAAAACCAGCCUCGGGCUGAGCAUCGUUGGUGGAAAGGUCGACCUGCACAAUGGCAGCUCUAGUAAAUCACAAAACAUAUCUGGGAUAUUCAUUAAGAACGUAAUACCGAACAGUCCGGCGGGAAGAACCGGUGAAUUGAAGAUCGGUGAUCGAAUAAUAGAGGUCGAUGGCGUGGACCUGCGACAUAGUACGCAUGAACGCGCAGUCGAGGUGAUACAAGCAGCCGGAAAUCCUGUUCGUCUUCUCGUCCAGUCUUUGGUGCACCUGAACAACGAGAACGACACGGAUGGCCAGGUGGACGAGGCAGGAAGAUUGACAAGGAAACACAGCGGUAGGAGCCGAUCCGGAGCACCCACGGGAUCUUUUGGACAGAGAACGUCUCCUGUCAGAUCCACCACGCCGGAAGCGACACAGGGUUCCGAAUACGGAGAUAAACAAAGUAGCUCGAGAUCAGAUUUCAGAAGGCAAAGUACAAGAGCCUCAGAUGGCGCUGGAUCCAGUUCGCGAAGAUCCUCCAUGAAAAAGUCAAUUCGAAAGAAGGCGCCGUCACCGCCUACCAAUCCCGGUAUUUUACGAGAAGUGAGCGAAGAGAAGGAGGACCACCAUGUCUCGAAACCGGAAGAACCCCCAAGACGGAAGUAUUCUUCGGAUGAGAGCUCGGAAGAAGACACGCGCGAGCUCGAGGGAAACGUUUACACGAAGGCUGGCGUGGAGAUCUCGAGGAAAAGUGCUGGGAACGUGAAGCGUAGCAAAGCGGAAAUCGAAGCGGAUCCUGAACAGGAAGACGAGUUCGGUUAUACGCACAUGAAAGUGCAAAAGAAAUACCAUUCGAUGGGGCACAAAGUGUUGAUGGUCAAAGUGGAAAAGGACAGACGUGGUUUGGGUAUUUCGUUAGCAGGACACAAGGAUCGAAACCGGAUGGCAGUGUUCAUUUGUGGCCUUAAUCCAAGGGGUUCAGCUCACAAAGGGGGCGAGCUUGUUGUCGGUGAUGAAAUACUCGAGGUAAAUGGCCGCGUAUUACAAGGACGGUGCCAUUUGAACGCAUCCGCCAUGAUUAAAGGCAUGGCUGGUACGACCUUCAAAAUUGUCGUUUUACGGAGGAGCGCGGCCCUUGACGAUAUCGCCGUGAAGCCAAUUGUUCAAUUUCCUCCAUCGCUGGAAGAGAACACGUUCAACCAGUACAAAGGUGUGCGGAAUAUACCGGUGAAAAAGGGUCAGUAUGGACUGGGCAUAAUGAUCAUUGAAGGAAAACACGCUGAGGUUGGCCAAGGUAUAUUCAUCUCCGAUAUACAAGAAGGCAGUGCUGCUGAACAGGCUGGCUUGCAAGUUGGUGAUAUGAUACUUGCUGUUAAUAUGGACUGUCUACUUGGUUCGACGUACGACGAGGCUACGAGUUUGUUGAAGAAAGCAGAGGGUGUAGUUACUCUAACAGUAUGCAAUCCUAAUCAAAGCAAAGUAGCAAAAGAAGAGGAAGACAGGGCAAAGGGCAUCAUUCCCGAGGAAGCACCAUCAGCACCAGCACCCAAAGAGCCAGAAAAACCAAAAGAACCUGAACCACCAAAGGAUCCAAAGGAUUGCAAGAUUGAAACCGGAAAAGACACAACGAUAGAGUUCCAGAAAGAGAAGGAUAAAGGCAUUGGAUUCACCAUAACUGGUGGUUCUGACACACCAUUGAAAAAAGUGUUCAUCCUCGAAGUGUUUCCCGAUGGAGCAGCGGGGAAAGAUGGACGAUUACAGUCCGGAGAUGAAAUACUGGACAUGUGCAGCAAAAGUUUCAAGGAGAUCGAGUACGAUAAAGCUCAUGCUACUGUUUUGAAACUCUCAGGAACCAUCACGAUGAUCGUGCAUCGGCAAGAGAAACCAGAAGAGGAAAUAGAAGUGGAGCUGCAAAAGAAGUCUGGUAAAGGAGCUGGUCUCUGUUUGACAGGAUAUAAAAGUGGAAAAGGAGCAUACGUGUCGGACUUGCUACCUGGUGGUAGCGCUUUGGAGUGUGGAAAGAUUUGCAAAGGGGAUCGAGUGGUAGCAGUUGGUGGAACGGAUGUUCGCGAAGCUCCUGUGGAAGAUAUCGCGGUCCACGUGAAAGUUUCAAAUCCGGUGCAAUUGAAACUGGCUAGGUUCAAAUCCGCUAAACAAUGACAGGGUUCUGCAGGCGGAACUCUGAAAGCGGAUGUGAAAAGGACGAUACCCUUUAGACACCACGGUCUCUAGUGUGAUAUGACUAUACCAAAGUAACUAUAAAUAAUACAUAAACACUAUUUGCUAUUAAGUAUCGUGAUCCAAUCUCGCCAAUGCAACCCAAGCCGUAAUUUCUUAGCGAGUUUUUCAAGCCACGUGACAUCCUGGCACUCUAAAUCUAGGGAUUUUUCAGCGCCCUUUUCUAUAGCGAACACGGGCGAGAUGUCGUAAAUAAUCGUCGCUCGCAAAAGAUUCCGUCUGUCACGAUCAACAUCCGGCGAGUACAUUUUAUGUAGAAUUAAUGAUACACAGAGUAUUUAUGCAGUUAGAUCUAUACAGAUUGUUUCGUAUGUACAUCAAAUGGUAUUGCGCCAUUUAUUACGAAACAGCCUAUACAUUGUAAUAACCACGCGUUACGAUGAACGAUCUUAAAGAAAAAGAAAAAGAAAAAGAAGCUCUAAGAUUCGAAGAGAAAAUAAAAGGAAAAAAGGAAAAAAGGAAAAAAGGAAUUUGCUAUACGUAGAGCCUCUUUCUCUCGUGAAUACCGUGCCACCAUCUCUUCAUAGAAAACAGAAAGAAUCUUGCUUCUACGAUUUCGUAUCCCUUACGUUUAAACUAGACGAGUUUAGAAUUCUUAGGGAAACACAGAACGUGAGUUUCAGAUAAAAGAAGAGAUUUCAACCUUCUUUAGAAAAAGGAAAACGCGAUCGACUCGAAGGAUGAGAGGGCUUGUUGAUUGCGUGUAGUUCAAUUUAUCCUAUUAUCCUAGUCCUUAGCGUAGAUUUUCAAAAGGAAGUUAGAGGAGGAGACACGGAGAGCAGAGUUUAUUUAAUUAAUAAACUAGAAUCAUUAAUCUUGUAAACUAUGCAUUGGUCCAGAGGAUGGUCCAUUUUAAAUUAAAGUUUGAAGAAAUUUUAACCAGUUAUUAAAAAGUAACCGUAAUUUAACUGAAAUUACUAUCUUAAUUUUUUUAUCGUUGAGAAAGCUUUGAAAUGGGUCAUCCCAGAAAGCACCAUAAAAAUUAGCUGUCCAUUGUUCGUUGCUUUUGAUUUCGAUACACGACAUCGAAUUGAGAUAUCGAGGCCAGGUUCAAGGUAGCCAACGAAAUAGCGAGCGAAAUAGCGAAGAUCAAGAUUCGUAAUUGUUUUAUUCAAACACGUUGCAGAAACUGAAAGAUUGAUUGUAAAAUGGCGUAAACGUUUCGAAGAGUGAAUCCUUUUGUUCAUGAUCGAAUGUAACGAAUGAAUGAAUGCGAGAAAAGGAGAGAAUUUAGAAAAAAAUGCUUAGAGCUAAUAUUUGCAGACUAAUUAGCCGGAGUACUUCCGGUACUCUAAACGCCUUCGAAAUUCGGGGAGCAAUACAAUCGAGCCACUUUUACAGUCAACGACUCGAAUUACUAUUAUUAAUUAUUAUUAUUAUUAUUAUUAUUAUUAAUUAUCAGUAUCGUCAUCAUUAUUAUUAUUAUUAUUAUUAUUGUAAUUCUUGUUAUCGCAGACACUGUCAUUCUAGCGCGGCACUAUCGAAGGUUACGAGGUGAAAAUUGAUUAUAUAUUAUAUUAUAUAGCGCGGACAAAACAGAUCGAAAUCUAUUAAAAGCAUUUAUUGCAAAGUUCCAAUAAAA